AUGGACACAGACAAUCAGACUAGAGUCACAGAAUUCCUUCUCAUGGGAUUCUCUGAGACACCAGAGCAGGAAGAGGGUCUCUUUUGGCUGUUCUUCUGUACAUACCUGGUCACCAUCCUCGGAAACUCUCUCAUCAUCUUGGCCAUCAGUUGUGACAGUCAUCUCCAUACACCCAUGUACUUGUUCUUGGCCAUUCUCUCCUUUGUCGACAUUAUGGCUUCUUCAGUUACAAUCCCCAAGAUAAUGGCAAAUCACAUAUUGGGAAGUAAGUCUAUUUCUUAUGUGGGAUGUAUGACCCAAAUGUACUUCUUCAUCACUUUCACCAACAUGGAUGGCUUCCUCCUCAGUGUGAUGGCCUAUGAUCGUUAUGUAGCCAUCUGUUGCCCACUCCAUUACACCAUGAUCAUAAGACCCAAACUCUGCAUUCUUUUGGUUUCUGUGUCUUGGGUCAUUACAAACCUUCAUGCUCUCUUACACACCCUUCUCAUGGUCCGGCUCACAUUUUGUUCCAACAAUGCUGUGUAUGACUUUUUCUGCGACCCUUAUGCUAUGUUAAAUAUCUCUUGUUCUGAUACCUUUAUCAAUGACUUGGUGGUAUUCACUGUGGGUGCACUGAUAUUUAUGACUCCAUUUACAUGUAUCAUUGUUUCAUAUGGUUACAUCUUUUCUAAUGUAUGGAAGCUGCCAUCUGCCCAAGGAAUAAGGAAAGCCCUGUCCACAUGUGGAUCCCACAUCACUGUGGUUUCCCUCUUCUAUGGAGCAAUUCUGGGGGUCUAUAUGCACCCUUCAUCCACCUUCUCAACAUAUGACAAAGUGGCUACAGUCAUCUUUACGAUGCUGACUCCUAUGGUGAAUCCCUUCAUCUACAGCCUGAGAAAUCGUGACAUGAAAGAAGCUCUAAGGAAACUAAUUCUCAGAUUCUAG